AUGGAUGAAAGGACGGACGGACAGAUAUUCACAUGUGUAUCAAGACUCACCGUGACAAGGUUUACAACCGAAAUCAGCAGCUUUUUCGAGAUUAUGCAGUUGACUGUCCAUCCUCCGAACAAGACGUUCAAGACUAGCAAUCUCGCAGUGAGCACCUCCCUGAGAAGGAACAGCGAGGCUCACUAUGAGGACACAGCUCGCCAACAGCAGCAUCUCGGUCGGUUUAAGAGAGUGUUAAUGGAUGCCAUAGAUGCCAAGAAAAAGAAGAAGAAGAAAUCAAAAGGAUCCGAGCGGGAUGACAUGCUUGAGUUGUUGCGGAAGGGUGAGGGAACAGGGCUACACAAAGACAGAGAUGAAGCCAUUGAUGCCAACACUUUUGACCCUGACAACAGCAAGAGUGAGAAGAGCAACAAGAGGAGACAGAGGCAGCAGGAGAUGGAAAACAAUGAGAGUGAUAAAGUGAAGAAAGAUGGCAAAACGAAGAAGAAGAUUCCCAAAGCUCCGGACACCAUUGAGAUGAUUGAUGAGACCAAGGAGAGUAAACCAGUGAAAAAGAAGAAGAAAAAGAAAGUAGAAGUACCAGAAGAGGAGGUACCAGAAGAAAUACCCUCACCAACAGAGACCACACCUAAGAAGAAAAAAAAAGUCAAGAAGUCACCUGUGCCGGAGGAGUCGACGGAAACACCCCCUGUUCCAGAGGAAGAACAGACAGAGACAACAGCACUUGUAUCACCCAAAGAUGAAAAGAAGAAGAAAAAGAAGAAGAAACCUCCAGAUGCAGAAGAAGACCCUGAGGCCACAACUGUGAAGGCAGAGGAUGAGACUGGGACUGCGGAAGAACCACCCACAGAUGAAACAUCACCCAGAGCUGAAACUCCAAAGAAGAAGAAAAAGAAGAAGAAGAAAGAAGAGGAGGAAGUAGUUACGGCUGCAGAAGAGGAGGUGGCGGCGCCGGAUGUGAAGGACGUGGAGGACAGGGGGCAGAUCCUGGGGCUGACCAUACAUCGCACGGACAAGCUGAAGAAUGACUUCCACAUUCUGCAUCCCAUGAUCAGAGUACACAUGGUGGAUGAAUCCACAGGCACCUACCUCAAGAAACAGAAGGAGUCUCGAGCUGUCACAUCCUUCUAUGAAACCAAGAGUGACAAAGUUGACCACAUCCUACCCAUCAUGACGCAGCCAUUUGAUUUUAAACAAAGAAAGUCGACACUGCCGGUGUGGGAGGAGCUACUUGUUUUCAAUGAAAACUACAACUAUAUUAUACAGAAAGAUCUCAAAAUCAUUCUCUUCUUUGAACUGCUGGACUUCGUGAGCAUGAACACGGCCAGCCGCAAGUACAACAAUGAGAAGCAGGAAGGGGGUUGGCAUCGAAUCGCUUGGGGAUUUCUCAAGAUCCAUGGAGCUAAUGAAAAGCUGAAUGUGGGCUCCAAAGUUCGUCUUCAGCUGUUUCAGCCGCCAAACAGGUUCACCGUGAAGCCGAACAAGAUCGAACUGUACCAGUGGUGGUACAGCCUGCCCCGGGUAGCAUACCCAUCCACUCUGUACAUCACACUCAAGGGUAUUACCCCACCAGAUGAGGUGGAGCCAGCAGCCAGGUCCAUGUUUGCCACUCAGGAGGAGAGGGGGAGGAUGACGUAUGACGACCUGAAGAAGAGCAUGAACUGGUCUUCCAAGACAAAACUUGAAGAGCGCAGACCUAUGACAUCAUGGUCGAGACUCUUUGGUCAGAUGUGUCGAAUCCCCAACAACCUGAUGUUGUCGCUACCGGCAGGGAGAAAGGGGUGCUAUGUUCUCAAGUUCUCUCAUGACGGGAGGAACCUUGCUUGUGCAUGUCAGGACAAGGAGGGUUACCCUAUAUAUGUGUAUGAGAUUCCCUCAGGGACACUGAGAGGGGAGUUCUCUGGUCAUUUCGGCAUCAUCUAUGACCUCUGCUGGUCCAAGAAGGACACACACCUGUUAUCAGCAGCCUCUGAUGGAACUGCCAGAAUCUGGGACCUGAUGAACUUCGGUGGAUCCUCUGAUAAGCUUCUGCCUCACCCCGCCUUCGUGUACGCUGCCCAGUUCCACCCCCGUGUUGACAACAUCGUUGUAACAGGCGGCUAUGACCAGGUGCUGCGGGUCUGGGAUGUUCUUGGAGAUGAACCUCAUGGACAGUUGAUGCAGGAGAUUGAGAACCACCACGGCCACAUCAACAGCAUUUGUUUUGAUGAGGAGGGACAGAAGAUGUACUCUGCUGACAGUUCUGGUGCUGUCUUCAUCUGGAAUGUCUACGUUACAGAGCAAGAAUCUCGCCGAGCAUUUAUUCGAGAAUGGACAAUAUUCCUCGAAAUCCGGGAUCCAGAAUUGAAGAAUGUUGCCAUCAACAGUAUUAGGAUGCACCCAAGUGGGCGUCGAUUGCUACUCCACUGUCGAGACAACAUCCUCCGCAUGCUGGACCUCAGAGUACAACGAAUUAUGCAGAAUUAUAUUGGUGCCUUAAACUUCCGUGAAAAGAUCCGUAGUGCUAUCUCACCGUGCGGGACGUUUGUGUUUGCCGGCAGUGAAGAUAACACUGCAUAUGUGUGGAACACAGAGACAGGAGACCAAGUUGCCCGGUACUCUGAACUCAACUACCAGAGACCUGUCACAGACCUGGACUACCACCCCCGUGACCACAUCCUCGCGAUCUGCUCCCUCGGAGACAACCAGCCAGUGCUAGUCUACAACUACGACCCACAGGUGGCUCACAUAGGAAUGGGGCUGUCUUUCCCCUCCAAGGAGCCGGAUGAUACCACCGACGUUGAAGAUAUCAACACGUCUCGGACGACAGGCAGGAAGAGCCCUGUUCAGACUGAUGACCAGCUCAACUCUGCCAGGUCACAGGUGUUCUCAAAAGGAGAGUUUGAAGCCCACGAGAAAUCGCGGUACAGUCGGGUUAUGCGGAAGCUGGACAGUGCCACACUUCAGAUGGCAGCCCAGGGACCACUAUUCCAGAUGCCAGAGUCCCACCCAUUUGGAGCCUCACCCGGGUCUACCUCCAUCUGGGAUGGGAUCAAUACUGAUGACCAGCUCAACUCUGCCAGGUCACAGGUGUUCUCAAAAGGAGAGUUUGAAGCCCACGAAAAUCGCGGUACAGUCGGGUUAUCGCGGAAGCUGGACAGUGCCACACUUCAGAUGGCAGCCCAGGGACCACUAUUCCAGAUGCCAGAGUCCCACCCAUUUGGAGCCUCACCGGGUCUACCUCCAUCUGGGAUGGGAUCAAUGUUUGAACAGAGCUAUGGCCUUACACCAAGAGCUUCAGUAUUACCGAGCACGUUCUCACCGCACGCACCGCAGUCGAUGUCGACCAUGAUGCAACACCAACAGUACUCCAACCAGAAUCUCUACCUCAGACAAACCGAUGGAUGGAGGCCUACAUUCUCAGAGGUUGGCCAGAGGGGAGGCAGCAGAAGCUCCAGCCCCACGUUCUACGGACGCCCUCAUCAACUCUCUCUCAGCGCUUCCCAGGGUAAGGCCUCCUUCUCCUUCCAGUCAGCCCCCGGCAAGAUGGGUCUGCAACACAGGGUGGUGGUGAUGUAUGACUACCGCGCCCAGCGCUCGGACGAGUUGACCAUCUACAAGGGCGACAUGAUCGUGGUCCUGUACAAGGAUAGUGAAAACUGGUGGAUGGGGGAGCUACCUGACGGCUCCCAAGGAUACUUCCCCGCCAACUAUGUUAUCUCGGAAGAUGCAUAUGAAGGCGAAGAGUUGGAGGAGGUGACUGGCAGGAAGAAGGAGAGAAAUGGAAAGAAAAAAGAGGUCACAGCAGUGAAGACAAGAGAUGGUGACCUGAGGUUCUUCUCGGCCACAGACGACUCGGAUACUGAAAACACACCAAAGCAAAGUAAAUUACGUAGCAGCAUGACUGGAGAUUCCGACACAGGGUCCGAUUCGAAACCACGGAAAGCAAGACGAAGAGUCCACAUGGAUGAAUCUGUGGCUUAAGGCUGCAUGACACAAGACAACAUUACAGUAGAUACAUAGGUGGUUCUUCAGUAUGCUAGACAUAACAUUGUCUUAACGUUACAGAAGAUGUGCAGUGUUUGUGGCCAGCAAGACCAUCAAGAACGAGAAGAAGACAACCACAUGUUUCAAAGUUCUGUUAUUUGGAGCAAAUCUUCAUUUGUCAUACAGCUGAAGUUUGAUAACAUUAUCAAAACUUAAACAACUGAAAUGUAGAAAUGAUGCACAAAACUGUCAAAUUUCAAGACAUUUUUCAAGGCUGCAUAAUAUUCUUAAUUGCAUGAGGCAUGUUCGCUUUUAAUAUCGUUUGAGGGGUGUGGAAGAGCAAGUGGUUCAAACUUUCGCUCAUCAAGUCGAAGACCCGGGUUCAAUUCCCCACAUGAUUACAAUGUGUGAAGUCCAUUUCAGGUGUCCCCCGCCGUGAUAUUGCAGGAAUAUUUUAAAAGCAGUGUAAAACCACUCUCACUCCCUCAGGAACGCCAGAAACCUGAUUGUAGGUUGUUAUCUUGGUUCGCUACGGUUGUUUCUAGGUUUGUCAGCCCUAUUCCCAUUGUCAUGGCUACCAAAA